AUGAGUUUUGCUGCUUCCGCCGCCAGCCCAUCGGGGUUUUCGCGCGCCGAGACUGCCAGCAGCGCGCGGGUCGAUGGCGCCGCCGCCAGCAGCAGCAGCAGCAGCAGGGGCUCUUCUUACUGCGUCCACGCCGACUUUUCGAAGACUUUUUCCUUUUUUUGCAGCAAAGCCGCUUGUCUGGCGGCCAAAGGCCGCAAGAUCCCGCCGCAGCAGCCCGCGGGCAGCAGCAGCAGCAGCAGCAGCAGCAGCGCCGCCCGCCGCGCUGCUGCUGCUGCCCACCGCCGCACGCACGCACCACCUUCCAACAUAUACCCCAAACCCGCAUUCUUUUGGGCUUUUCUUUUGUUUUUCCACCUCCUGCCUUUCGCGGGGGCCCUAGACUUUGCUGCAGCCCGCGCGGGGGCCGCUGGGGGCCUCCAGCCAGCCCUCCAGGGCUCCGCGUACACCCCAGACGCAGCAAACUGGGCCUCCCAGGACCUCCAAAACGAAGCCAACAGCCCCGGGGGCCCCCGGGGGCCCCCCAGGGCCCCCUUUCUGCAGCGGGGCCCUUUGGAGGCCCCCAGCUUCGCCGCUUUCUUAACAACUCCUUCCAAAGGCGCCAACUCCAGCAGAAGAGCUUCCAAAGUGCUGCUGGCCUCGAAGCCGCAGCAGCAGCAGCAGCAAACCUCAGGAGCCCCGAGAACUUCGCCAGCUCCCGUGGCAGCAAAGUUUGCGAAGUUGGUGGCAGCAAAUAAGAAAGAAGGAUUAAGUCCUGGAGUUCGCGCGAAGUUGUCUAAUUUGGCAGAGUUGUACAAGACGGAGGCUCCUGCUGCUGCUGCUGCUGCUCCUGCUGCAGCAGCUCCUUCUGCUGCUGCUGCUCCCGCUGCAGCAGCUCCCGCUGCUGCUGCUGCUCCCGCUGCUGCUGCUGCUCCCGCUACUCCUGCUGCUGCUGCUUGGUCCAGAUUCAGCAAAGCCAGCCUCGGGGGGCCCCCCGCAGAGGGGCCCCUGCUGCGGGAAGUGAAGCGGCUGGGGCUUCGUGCUGCUGCAGGAGAAGAGAGCCGCAGCAGAUUGGCAGAAGUGGAAGCUCGGAGAGAAAAAGAAAAAGAAGAAGAAAGAAAGAAGCAGCAGCAAGAAAGAAAGCAGCAGCAGCAAGAAAGAAAGCAGCAGCAGGAGGAAAGGAGGAAGCAGCAGGAGGAAAGGAGGAAGCAGCAGGAGCUGGAAGCAAAAAGAAAGGAGGAAGAACGGCAGCAGCAGCAGCAGCAGCAGCAGCAGCAGCAGCAGCAGCAGCAGCAGCAGCAGCAGAAGGAGGAGGAAGCAAAGAAGAACCUUGCUGCUGCACUCCUCAGGAAGCAAACUGGAACCAUUAAAAAGAAAGUUGUUCUUAAACCUCAUGAAAUAAUUCCAACAACUUCUUUGAAGUUCGCAGAAAACAAAACUGAGCAGCAGCUGCAGCAGGAGGCCCUGCAGCUCUUCCAGCAGGUCGACGAAGACGCCAAGGAGAAGGCCACGGAGGCGGCUAUGAUUGUGGACUCGCGGAUAAGUGAACAGCACAAAGAGUUGGCAAUGAAAAUGUUUUUAAGAAGCUGCCACACGAUGGAGACCAACUGGAGCGCCUGCUCCUCCAGCUGCGGCCACGGCAAACGAAUGAAACUCACGAGGGCCCGCAAGGGAGAGUCCAGCUGCAUGACUUUGGCCAAAACUGAAGUUUGCAUUUCUUCUCUUGGCUGCAAAAGCGGCGAAGAAUUCUUCAAUGCUAUUGAAGGGGAAGCGCCAGGCCUGCCCGAGGGCUCCAAGGAAGAUCUGGGAAGAAGAAUAAUGAAAACCAUUUCCAUUUGGCGCAUGGGGUCCAAGACCUGCUUCGUCUACGACACGGGAUUGACGGAGCGGGCGUACGGCGCGGAGGGUUUGGUGGGGCGUUUUGGCGCGGGGCUGCAGCUGCGAAUAAUUCAAAAGUUUGAUCCUUUUAAAAGCUCUUGUGAAGGCAAGUUGGAGACUCAAGGAGUUGUUCGCCAAGAAAGAAGUGAGCUGCCACUCAAUUCCCUCUUCAACAAACCCCCUUGCUGCUUCCUAGCCCCCCUGCAGCAGCAGCAGCAGCAGCAGCAGCAGCAGCAGCAGCAGCGGCAGCAGCAGCAGCAGGAGAAAAGCCGCUUUUUUGCUGCUGUCGUGUGUUCUGCAGUGACAAUGGACAAAUUCCGCAAAGUUAUGCUGGAGGGCCACAACGCAGUGCGGCGGCAGCACUCUUUGCCGGAGAUGAAGUGGAAUGAUUUGUUAGCAGCAAAUAUGCUGAAGUACCUGCAGCACCAAAACCUGCAGCAGGAGUGCAGGAUGGAACACUCGCCCCACGAGGCCCGCGAGCUCGUUUGGGGCCCGGGGCAGCAGCAGCAGCAGCAGCAGCAGCAGCAGCAGCAAAAGGGCGAGCUGCGAACUUGUGCUUUGCUGCUGCAGCCCAACAUGAAGCAAGGCAUUGGCGAGAACUUGUGGACUGGCUGCACUGUGGGGCCCCUGCCCACUGACAUUCCCAGCGCCUGGGCCUCCGAGGCGGCCUGCUACAGGUUCGGGAAAGUGGGAAACCCCUGCACAGGCAUAAUGGGCCCCAAGUGCAGCACGGAGUUCCACGCCCACGGGCUGAUGACUGGCCACUACACUGCAGUGGCUUGGCAAAGCUCGCAGCAACUCGGCUGCGCCUACGUAGUCUGCAGCCGCCAGUGCUCGGGGGGGCGCCCGCUGCUGCUCGCGGGCUGUCAGUACAACCCCAGCGGAAACAUAAUAGGGCAAAAGCCCUUUGAACUUUCUGUGGCCAAAAAGAUGCAUGCAAUUUACCCGCAGCUGCUGCCAGAAGCCCCGGAGAAUCCGGAGCAGCUGCAGCAGUGCGAGCGCUUCAGGGACAUGGAAGUGAAGAACCCCAAGGUGCAUCUAGCGGAGAAGGAGGAGCAAAAGAAGCAGCAGCGGCUGCAGCAGCAGCAGCAGCAGCAGCAGCAGCAGCGGCAGCAGCGGGCGGCGAGCAAGUGA